UUCUUAUUCACAGUACACAGCGCCAUUUCCUGUCUAACGUCUGAAACAAUCCUUCAGUUACAGAGUUGGGGUUUUAAGUUCUAGUAUAAAAACUGAAAUCCUCAAUAAUCCUUAUUGCAAGAACCACAACCUAAUUACAGUAUAUGAUGAUGUUCAUAAAAAUCCAGUUUCCUUAAGCAUGUUAUUGCAUUAACAGCAGUUAAUAUAUUAAGCUUUAAAACAUAAUAUAGCUCACAUCCUGUACAAGGCUAAAAUCAAACUGUAUAUUAUGGUUUAAUGUGUUUCAUUUUUAAAAUUUAUUUUAUUGCUUUUAAAAUAAAGCAGAAAAAGAAAAGAAAAAUACAAAGAUAAUCAUGAAAUACAUACAUUAUCAAAAUGCAUUACAAGUGAUUUUUUAAAAUGUGACAAAAAUCCAACAGAAAAAAGAAAAACUAUACAGUAAUAUAUUGUUAUAACAGUAAGCAGUUGCUGUUAUACAUAUAUUUAUCUGAUGCAAAUAUUGUGCAAGUAUAUAUAGAUUUGUAACACAUUAUAUAACUGAUAGGAGAGAAUAUUUGUAACUCGGGGUUGAACUGUGGGUCCUUUGGUGCUGAGGAUGCAAAUAUUUCAUUACCAAACUACAUAACAAUACAUCACCACAUGUAUAUAACUAUAGUGCUUUGCUUAACCUACUAUAUUUUGUAUAAAUGAAUCCCUUAUUUCAUUAUACUUGUCCAUACAAAGUCUAUCCUUGAUACAAUGUGUUUUGUGAACACACACACAAAAUGUAGACGCUGAAUUGAUGAGCUCUGCAUCACCAGGAGUGAGAUUAUGUUUAUUUUAAACAGGGCACAUUUUACAGCAAAGCAAAAAAGAGCCAUAUAAUUGUAUCCUUAAAAUAACUGGGCCAAGUCUCCACUGAGCUGAGCUUGACUUUAGUUUGGAGUUAGCAUGUACUGUGGCAUAUGAUUUAGCAAAUAAUGUGAAUCUAUUCAAUUAUGGUUUAUGGUGUGUUAAGAAAAAAUAUAAAAUAGUACAAAAUGUAAAUCAGACCAUCAGCAAUAUCCCAGUUUCACAUGUAUCUUUCUGCCUGGAGCUCCACAUAAUCAAAAAUACACGAACCCCCAUCUGCUUGCCUAUUUAUAUGAGACAUCUGAAGUGACAUUUCAGAAAUUUUUAUCAGUGCAAUUAAAUAGCAGCCUUGGGAACCAUUUAAUAUCAACAGUGGCAGAUCAUGACUGUACUCCCUAUUCUUUUCAGUCCUCAUCACCUCCUCUAUUACCAUUAAAACAGCACCCUUGCUCCGUAAACAUACUGCAUGUGCAGAAACGGGGCAAACGCAUUUGUUGAGGCUGCUUGUCACUCUGGACUCCGGUCCUCUUUUUCUGUCAUUAUCUUAUAUUGUCUUUGAAGUCUCUCCCACAUCCAUCCCGCAUUCUUCUGCAACGUGGGGAAUUGCAUGCAGCUGGCUUUUCUUGCGAGUCGCCUCCCUUCGCAUCUCCCUGCGCUUCCGGAGCGGAGCCAGCAGGAGGCUCUACUGGGUCCCCCUUCCAGGAGGACGAGAAGAAGAUCUGCGCCAGGACUGGGACGGCGGAUUUUCCGUAGGUUGUUUUACAGGCAUCCAUUCUUUUCAGUGGCAACUCGUGUUUGUUUUUCCUCCUCGAGUUAGAGCAGAAAAACUCUCCCGACGUUCAACGAGGGGUGGCCGGGAAGGUUUCUUUUGCGAGCCCGCAGCGGUGCAGAAAGGUAAACGUGACGGCAGCAGCAACAGCAGCAGCAGCCACCGCCGUGGGAAAGGUAAAACGACUCAGGGCAAUUAUUAACUUGAGGAUAACCUAUGAAAGAAGUUCAUAGCAUGUUCAGGAAUUCAAGCAAAAGUUCCAGUGAACAUUCAAAUCACUAAAAUGACCAAAAUCUCUUUUGGCACUGAUAUGAAAUAUAUGAAUUAGCUCCUGACAAGAAACUAUAGCAUUUGGAUGUUUUCAAUGAUGUGCUCUUAAAAUCUGCCAGAAAACACCUCUAUUAAAGAAUAUAACAAUUGAAGGAACAUGUCUAACAAUGCAGAAAUACUCAAUCUAUCGUUUUUAUUAGAACAUGAAAGAGAAACAAUAUUGGGAGUAUUAAAAAGAGAUGAAUACUUGAAAAAAUUGGAAGAUAAACGAAUCAGAAAACUAAAGAACGAGUUAUUGGAAGUGAAACGUAAAGGUGGACGACAUCACCAACAAGAUAACAUCAGGGUCUGCACUCGUUGUCAGAAAAAUUUGGGCUUAAUUUUUGACAGAGGUGACCACUGCCAAAUAUGUGGCCUGAGAGUUUGUAACAAGUGUCGUGUUUUAGCAACUGACAGCAGUUGGAAGUGCACAGUGUGUGAUAAAAUUGCGCAACUUAGGGUAGUAACAGGUGAAUGGUUCUUUGAAGAGAGAGCAAAACGCUUCAAGCAGUCCAAGCUCCUUGGAACUGAUAUUGUUCGGCAGUCUAUUCUUCGCAAAGCUCCAGAUUCUUCCUCUGAACUCUUAGAAGGCAGAUCCAAAUAUCAUUCUCCAAAAACCUUAGAAGAUACAUCAAAGCAAGAUAUGUUAGCUUCACUUACAAGUGGGACAAAAUUAGUUCUCACUGGGCCUAGGAAAAUAGGAAAGGUUCUUAAGGCAGUCACCAAAGAAGUUGUAAAUAUGAAAGCAGAAGAUGGUAAAAGCAUUAGCACAGACUCUGAUGUCCAAAGUGACCACAUUGCCAAUUGGGAGAACUCUUAUUCCUCAGAUAUUCAUGUUCUUGGAGACAUAACAGACAACAUGAAAAAGGCCGAAAGCCAAAGCAAUGUUUCCACUCCACACUAUCCAAGGUCACCAGCACUGAGUGCCCGCAGCAUGACUAUUGACUAUGGCCGGGAUUCUGAAUUAGAAAACAACAUUGUUAUGUCUAUCAGUGAAAGUAUCCCUGCAGAUUUGUCAAAAAGGCAUCGUAGGAAAGGAUCUAGAACACCUUCUGUGGCAAUUUCUAGGACAUCUUUAUCAUCUGAUCGUAGUAGAUCAGAGAGAGAUCUCAGCGGAUCCUUUUCAGAAGGAAAUGAAGAUACUUUAAGCUUAAGAAGUAAAUCUGUACCUGGAGCACUGGACCAUGAUGUGGACUACCUGAAUGAAGCAGAAGAGGAUAUGGAUGACAUUAUAGCCUCUGGCUCUUCAAAAAGGCAAAGUAAUUUGGCAAGUGGAUUUUCCAUAAAUUCUCCUUCAAAUUCUGAAAGGAAAUGGAACUACUUAAAUGUUCCAGAAGCAGAUGGUGAUACUACCAGCAUUAACAGUAUGAUGAGUGUUUACAGUGAAACUGGGGACUAUGGCAACGUGAAUAUUAGUGGUGAAAUUUGUCUGCAAAUCAACUAUAGCUAUAAAACAGGAGCCCUUAACAUACUUGUAAAAAAAUGCAAGAACUUGGCCAUUGCUGAUGAAAAGAAACAAAGAACAGAUCCUUAUGUCAAAGCGUAUCUUCUGCCAGACAAGUCUCGCCAGAGCAAAAGGAAGACAAAAAUCAAAAGUAAUAGCACUGAUCCUGAAUUCAAUGAAAUGCUUAAGUAUGUCAUUAGCCACACGCAGCUUGAGACUCGCACUCUGCAACUUUCUGUCUGGCAUUAUGACAGAUUUGGGCGUAACAGCUUUCUGGGAGAAGUAGAGAUUCCCUUGGACUCAUGGAACUUUGAAAAUCAAGCUGAUGAAUGGUUCAUGCUUCAGCCGAAGAUGGAAAUUGCCACUGAUAUUGGGCUGCAGUACAAAGGAGAAUUAAUUGUUGCUUUACGGUACACUCCACCUGAGAGGAACCUAACGCUUCCCCUAGGAGAGAUUCAAGGAAAGAAGAGUUCAAAGAAAGAAAAAAAGGCAACCUCCCAAAUACCAUCAGGAGGCAUAUUGGAAAUUGUCAUCAAGGAAGCCAAGAAUUUAAUGGCGGUGAAAUCAGGAGGCACUUCAGAUACGUUUGUGAAAGGAUAUUUGCUUCCUGACAACAACAAAUCUUCAAAGCAUAAAACCCAUGUAAUAAAAAAGAGUGUGAAUCCCCAUUGGAAUCAUACAUUCACUUUUAGUGGCUUGAACCCUAGAGAUAUACACAAUGUCUGUGUAGAACUUACUGUUUGGGACAAGGAGUCUCUCGCCAGCAAUAUUUUCCUGGGAGGUGUUCGCUUGAGUAUUGGAAGUGGUAUAAGCAAUGGCAAAGAAGUUGACUGGAUGGAUUCUCAAGGAGAAGAGCGACUUCUUUGGCAGAGAAUGAUUGAUUGUCCUGGAGAUUCUGUAGAAGGUGUAUUAAUGCUGAGAUCCAGCAUGGGGAAACGCAGACUCUGAGGAGUAUGGUUUGCAUAACACUGACAUUACAGUAGUGUGAUUUUAAAUUGUAAUAAGAUGUAAUGGAGACUGGUCUCCUGUCAUGAUUUGCACAUAUAAACAUAAGGAAGUUUA